CUGGCCAAGCUGGCUGGACGAGCGCAUGCGCAGCAAGUCUCGGGUUCCGCGUUGUUGUGGUUCCACGCCGUCCGGCGCAGGCGCGUUGCGAAGCCGUCUGUCAGAGGCUUCCGGGGGCGGUCUGGCUACCUCAGUGUUACUUAAAUAUGUGCAUAUCUACACACUAAGACCCUAUUCUAAGAUGGAAGAGACGGGUAGAGAGGCAGUUGCAACAGCUGUACAGAGGGUGGCUGGGAUGCUUCAGCGACCAGAUCAACUGGAUAAAGUGGAACAAUAUCGUCGGAGAGAAGCACGUAAGAAGGCGUCAGUGGAAGCCAGACUGAAGGCAGCAAUCCAGUCACAGUUAGAUGGAGUUCGAACUGGCCUAAGCCAAUUACACAAUGCACUGAAUGAUGUAAAAGAUAUUCAGCGUUCUUUGGUUGAUGUCAAUCAAGACUGGCGGCAAAGUAUCAACACAAUUGAAAAUCUCAAGGAUGUCAAGGAUGCUGUAGUUCAACAUAGUCAACUGGCAGCUGCUGUAGAAAACUUAAAAAACAUCUUCUCAGUACCAGAGAUAGUUCAGGAAACCCAAGACCUGAUUGACCAGGGACAAUUGCUACAAGCUCAUCGGAAGCUGAUGGACUUAGAGUGCUCUCGAGAUGAUCUGAUGUAUGAACAAUACCGUAUGGACAGCAAGAACACACGUGAUAUGAAUCUAAUUGACAAUUAUUUUGGAGAUAUGCAGAAGCUUUCUGAGGAGCUAGCCAAGCAGCUCUGGAUGGUCAUUCAAAGAGCUCUGGUCACUGUGCGGCGCGAUCCAACCUUGCUGGUUUCUGUGGUCAGGAUAAUUGAGAGGGAAGAGAAAAUAGAUAGGCGCAUGCUUGAUAGGAAGAAGCAAACUGGGUUCAUUCCCCCUGGAAGACCUAAAAAGUGGAAGGAGAAAAUGUUUAGUGUGUUGGAUCGAACUGUUACAACUAGAAUUGAAGGCACUCAAGCAGACACCCGAGAAUCUGAAAAAAUGUGGCUUGUACGGCACCUGGAAAUAGUUCGCAAAUAUGUCCUUGAUGAUCUGCUGGUGGCGAAGAAUCUUCUGGAUCAGUGUUUCCCACCACAUUAUGAAAUUUUCAAAAAAUUACUCAGCAUGUACCAUCAGGCAUUGUCUGUACGGAUGCAGGAUCUGGCCUCUGAAGAUCUGGAAGCAAAUGAAAUUGUUAGUCUUUUGACAUGGGUUUUAAAUACUUAUAAAAGUGUAGAGAUGAUGGGAAAUCCAGAACUUGCACCAGAAGUGGAUGUGAAUACCCUGCAACCUCUAUUAUCCCAAGAAGUGGUGGAUGAACUUCUUAGCACAUACAUGUCAACUCUUACAUCCAACAUCAUUGGCUGGCUACGAAAAGCAUUGGAGACAGAUAAAAAAGAUUGGCUAAAAGAAAAUGAGCCAGAAGCAGAUCAAGAUGGAUACUAUCAAACUACUCUCCCUGCUAUUGUAUUUCAGAUGUUUGAACAGAAUCUUCAAGUUGCUACUCAGAUAAGUGAAGAUUUAAAAAUAAAAGUAUUGCAUUUGUGUCUUCAACAAAUGAGUUCCUUCCUCAGCAGGUACAAAGAAGAAGCACAUUCAUAUAAAGAAGAACAUCUUAGAAAUCGUCAAUAUCAUCCAUGCUAUGUUCAGUACAUGGUUGCCAUCAUCAACAAUUGUCAAACAUUUAAGGAAUCAAUCAUCAGUUUGAAAAGAAAAUACUUGACUCCUAUGAUGGAAGAAAUCAUGGCAAGCAGUCAUGCAUGCAUUGAUGCAGUUCUAGAUGAUGUUGCCAAAGAAGGAUGUACCAGCUUGCUUGAAGAAGUCUUCAUGGAUUUGGAGCCUCAUCUCAGUGAACUGAUGACAAGGAAAUGGCUUGCAGGAUCCAAUGCUGUGGAUACAAUCUGUGUAACAGUGGAGGAUUAUUUCAAUGAUUUUGCAAGAAUAAAGAAGCCUUAUAAAAAGAAAAUGACGAUUGAGUGCCACCGUAGGGUUGUUGUGGAGUAUAUCAAGGCUAUUAUGUCAAAACGCAUUACAUUCAAGAAUGCAGAAGAAAGAAGAGAAGGUGCUGAAAGGAUGAAUAGAGAAGCUGAACAAUUCAGGUUUCUGUUUAAGAAGCUUACUGCUGGGUCUGGGGAGGACACAGAAGGACUUUGUGACGUCAUUGAAGCUAUUGCAGAAGUAUUCAAGUUGACGGAUCCUUCACUACUUUAUCUAGAAGUCUCAACUUUAGUUAGCAAGCACCCAGAUAUCAGAGAUGACCAUAUUGUAGCUUUGUUGACAACACGAGGAGAUGCCAGCAGAGAGAUGAAGCAAACCAUCAUUGAAACUCUGGACAAAGGUUCAAGCCAGCCAAAUCCAAACUAUGUGCCAAUUUUUAAAGAAAUUACAGUUCCAACUCUAACUGUGCCAAAGCUUCUUAAAUAGUAUCAACAUAAUUAAAUGUGUAUUUUGUGUCUGUGUAGAAUUAACACCUUGUGGACAUUUGUAACUAUGCACUUAGACAUCAUGUGAAAAUUUCUUGUUGGGCUUUUGGUUUUUAUGUUUCAUUGCAUGAAGAGCUAGGAAUAGCCAGUUUGGUCAUUUGAGGAACAUGCAGUGUUCUGAUGACCACAGUGCUUUCACCUGGCAUCAUCACCCUUCUCCCAAUUAUUUAUCUUGGAUUUUGUAUAUGCACUCUGAUAUAUAAUUGUAUAGGUGUUAGAAAAUGUAAUGAUAAAUUCACCACUAGGUUGGGCAAAUGAAAGGUGACGUGGCAUUUCUGAGGCACGUCAGUGAUUGGGGUUCUCUCUCAUUUAACUGACUGUCAUCGGAUUUGAAAAGAGAUGCAUAAAGGAUUGCCAAAUAAAUAAAUAGUAACUGAUGUUUAGUCUUGAA